UCUUUUCUUUGGGUUCUGGAAGUUUCGCAUGAUAAGUUGCGUUGCCUUGCGCAACGAUUCAUCAGCUUGCUUGGGCCCGAAGCCUAAUUGGGUCGUCUCGUCUUUUACUUGCCACUGGUUUCUCGCAUUUUCUGUCACCCUUCUUUCUGGCUCUGCUCCAAAGCCUCGAACAAACCAAAACGCCUAAAACCACCCUCCCUCUCUCCCUCUCUCCCUAUCUCUCUCCAUUUUCACCUUCAACUUUCUCCUACACACCUUUCUCUCCAAAACUCGUCGACCCUUUUCAAUUCUCUCUCAGAAAUUAUCAAUUUUUCAUCGACUUUUUAUAGUAAAGGUGACGUUUUUGCUGAUUGAUGCUCGGAAUUCGUCCUCCAUAUCAAUUUCAGAGCGUUAGAGCUUUUGGGUUGCUGUGAUUUUGGUGUUUCUGAAUGGCAAUCCAAUCCUACGAAUCCUACGACAUGUUGCUUAAGCAAUUCCUACUCCCGCACCCUUUUGUCCCAUAUAUAUCUAUGCUCGUGGGUAUGUUCGCCUGCAAAUUGGUUUAUGAUCUCAACCACUUGCUAAGUGCUGCUUACUUUAAGAGCUAUUCCAACCUUUCAAAGAUGCAACGCAUUGAGUGGAAUAAUCGGGCAAUCUCAACUGUCCAUGCCCUUUUUAUCACAGCUAUGUCAUUGUACUUGGUGUUUUGGUCAGAUCUUUAUUCUGACCAACAGCUCAACGCUUUUGUUACGUUGCAGAGCUCCCCGCUGUCUACAUUUGCCUUGGGGGUCUCAGUUGGGUACUUUCUAACCGACCUUGGGAUGAUCUUUUGGUUUUACCCUGCUCUUGGUGGACUGGAGUAUGUGGUUCAUCAUCUUCUUUCUGUAGCAUCAGUAGCAUAUGCUAUGUUGACUGGGGAGGGACAGCUUUAUACCUACAUGGUUCUUAUCUCUGAGACAACCACCCCUGGUAUCAACUUGAGAUGGUAUCUUGACACGACUGGAAUGAAGGGGUCUAGAACAUAUUUGAUUAAUGGGGUUGUAAUUUUCAUUGCUUGGUUGGUUGCAAGAAUACUCCUGUUCAUGUAUCUGUUCUACCAUCUGUACUUGCACUAUCAACAGGUUAAGCAAAUGCACAUCAUUGGGAAAUUUUUAGCUUUCGGAGUGCCACCAAUCCUAGCGGUCAUGAAUGUGAUGUGGUUUGGCAAGAUUUUCAAGGGAUUGAAGAAGACAUUAGCAAAGAGUCAGUGAAAGAUUCUAUUGAUGGGUGACAGUGGCUUAAGAAGUGACUGAAGAUCUACACCUAUCUGUGGUUAUCUGGAUGUACGAUAUGUCCUCAACUGUUCUUGUACACCCCCGCCUCCUCUUAGCAUGCAAAUGGUAUACAGAAUAGAUCAAUAUGCUGAGCACACGACAUGGUUUCUGAUGCAGUGCGAAUCUAAAGAUAUAGUAGAUGUUCAGGAACCGUUUCUUGUGAUUUUAGAACACAGCUGAACCAUAGUAAUAUUAACUGGGUUCUUGAUCCUGAGUCAAAUCAAUUUCUUUGUUGAUCUUACUUCUGUGCUUGGGAUGGAACUGAAAUUGUUAUUUUUUAUUUUUUUAUUUUUUUAUCUCAGCGUUUUGAGCCGGGAAGCGGCAAGCACUUGUGUUCUUCCCACCGCCUUACCAGUCAUGUACAGCUGAGCCUUCAUGUAAUGUGCUGGUAAAGAAGUGGCGGUGUUAUUUCUGGAGCCAUAUAUGUAUAUAGUUCCUGUUUCAGCUUAGAAAAUAUGUAUAGUUUUAUAAGUAGGGAAACACUUGCUCCCACGAAAUAUUGUAUAACAAUUGUGUAUCCCUGUAAAUAAAUAAAUAAAAACCAAUAGCAACAGAA